CUCCUUGCGAAUCUGCGCGAACGCUCCCCUGCCGGGCUUUUCUUCGUGGAUGCGCAGUUCUCGCUCAUGAUACGGAAUAUUUCCAGUCACGAGUCCUCUGAAUUUGCUCGCAAGAUUACACCCAAUGCUUGAUCUGGGCCGCAUUGUUGCUCAGUAUGCUUUCUUUCAUGUCCCUAUCCUCGUCAGACUGGGUUGUACACAGAUAUACCAGCUUUGAACGCUGAGAUAUCGCUGUACUGACAGUCAUUUCCUACUUUGAUCUCUUUCCUUUUCUCUUGUUCAUGUAUGGUCGAAGUUAUUGUCCACCAUGGAACCCGAGGAAGGACCCCAUCCCGCAGAUGGGAGAUCCGUUGGAAAACGACGAUGGACAUCAGAAUUCGAGGAUCAGACGUAUGGCAUUUCUCAACAUGUGCCGUCGUCAGAUUCUCAUUCUUUGCACAUCGCGUCCACGAGAGACGGGACCACAAGGAAAAGACCCAAAGUCGCAGCGGAAGUAUACGAGAGAGAGCCUCAUGACCAAAUCAGGAGUGACGAACCACGCGGGAGGGCGACUUUGGGGAAGUUACCCCCAGAGAUACUGCAGCACAUUUGCACGUUUCUGCACCCUAUCUCCCUUGGACGCAUGAUCUGUGUCAAUCGUCAUAUUCGUUCUUUGCUUGACCCUGCCGUACCUCUCCCGCCAUCUUCUAGCCAGAUAAGGUACCUGAAGCUCCGAAGCCAGGAAUCUGUUUGGGCUACAUCCCGGAAAAGGUUUCUCCAUGGAUUCCCCAAGCCAAUGCAUGAUAUGGGCGAACUGCAAAUGUGGCGACUUAUUCGACGCCGUGCAUGUCAGUUCUGUGGAAAGCUCUCGCGCAAAAGAGAGGAAACAGCAUCAACAUCGCCCUGGGAAGCGGGGCCUGGACCUGAAAAUGUUCGCACCAUCUGGCCAUUUCGCAUCAUGUCUUGUGGCCGGUGCUUGGGAGACCGCAUUGUCAAGGAAACCGAAUUGCUCCUUUCCGGGUCGUCUGUUUUGCGUCCUGGUCUUCCAUAUGCGAUACUGACGUCUUUGAUGCAUUACAUUCCUUCUGCUAUCCUAGAGCGAACGCAGCUCCCGCCUCAAUUAGAGCUUACCAAAUACUACUUCAAACCUCAAAUUGAAGAGCUUCAAGCUCAGCUGCGUAGUGUACAGCCAUUGGGAGCAUCUGCCUUGGAAGAGUGGUUGAAAGGCUUGGAGACAGAUGGACGACAGGCGAACCUCGAUGCAGCAAGAUUUGACCAAUGGGAACUCCAUGGUGGCCGCGGAAAGCUGGCUAGCAUUGUGGCAGAUGUCAUGAAGGACACUGGCCCAUCCCUACAAAACAAUAUGGGUCGAGAAGGAUACGACCGCACACGAUUUUCUCCCGUACAAGCCUGGCAACUCAUUACACCCACUGAGUCCUCCACUGGCCGUCUAGCAUCCACCUCUGCCCCGCUAGGCGCUCUCAGCUCUGAACCGAUGAUUCCGCGGAUUCCAGGCCUGCAAAUGGCUCAGGUUGAAGUGCAUCCCCGUUCGGCUACUUCUGAAAAACGUGCAAGUGCCCUUGGAGGACAGCAGUCGAGUAACGAUCCGGUUGACCAAAUUGUCCCCGGCCAACAUCGGCGACAAAGGGUUGAAAGGAGUAAGCAAGAAGUAGAACAUGCUAAGUUGGCACGCCGUAAAGAGAUCGAAAUGCGAUGCCAGGAGUUCCAGCCGCCCAUCAAUCCAACAACGCUCCCAUUCAUGGAUGCAUUCAAAGCCGCAAUACAGAUCCCGCAGGCUCUGAACGACAAGGCCUGGGAGGUUCUGAAGCCUCGUCUCUUGGCGCAACGUGUUGAUGCCGAGAGGAGAGAACAACUUCACAAUGCUACUUCCGGUACGCUAGCUUUAGCAAAUGAAGAGCGCAAACGAUUCGAAGAAGAGCAACGUGUCGCGGUACGGAAUGAAACAAACAUGUGGCAGGAACUGAAGAUCCCAGCUAGGGACAGGAUUCAGCGAUAUGCCCAAGAGUUCAUUCACCAAACAUGGUCUGAUGGCGGUGGUGUAACCAAGACAACAGCAAGUAAGUUUGCUGCUGAGGUCCUCUGCCAUGCACGUCAGCGCUUCGAUGAAGUAAUUGCGCAGGAAGAUAGGAUGCUUGCGUUGAAAGGAACGGCUUUUCCCCAGGACCGAGAGUCUUUAUCCUGCAGGAGACUGAAGUUGAAAGACAUGAAGUGGCUUUUUGAAGAGGCGGUUAGACCCCACACCAGGGGCUUUGGCAGAGAGCUCUUCCUCUGUCGGGUGUGCGAUACGAACCAAAAGCUGUUCUCUUUCGAAGCCGUCGUCCAGCACUAUGCUGCGAAGCACACCAGCGAGCUCAGCCAUGGCAGUAUCAUCGUCUACUGGGAUGCUGAUUGGCCCGUGGAACCACCCUUCGAUCCCUCUCCGAACAUCCCUUGGGUCUUUGACGGUGGCCAUGGCUUGCCUCAGAUCGACAAACGACCUCAGCCACGCUCACAAGCAGGUUCCUCGAGACAAUCGGGGCAAGCAGCUAAUGAGAGCUUGCAAGCUCGUGCAGACUAUGUUGCAGAUUCCGCACUCGAAUUCUGGCAAAGGACAGAUGGCAUCUGGGAUCUUUCCAUGCCGGUCCGACUUUUCAUUAUCAUCCAACAUAUCAGCCUGCAGUAUCUGAAGAGAUUCAGGCAUGAGCUUACAUUAUUAGACUUCAUGGAUCUUGUGUCGAACCGGCCCGAACUGGAAUUUCUUCGGAGGUUAGCUGGAUUUCGAUGCAAGACAUGUCUGGACACCCUAGAUACAUCACCUUCGAGGCUGGACGGACCAGCCGACCAGGAGCGCUCUCUUCCCGAUCUACUGCGCCAUUUUCAUCGGCUGCAUGACAGUUCAACGUCCCGCGAACAGGUGUAUCCGCCACCGUUGCCUCACAGAUCGCAUCCGGAUUUUCCAAUACUAGAUUGGAAGCGAGAUAUGAUAUAUCUUCCCAGUGCUGCAACCAUAAAAGCCCUGCCAUUCUCUCGGGGUAUUGAUCGGGACAAACUCCAGAUCAUUUCGGACGCGUUUCCUGAGCAUUUCCCACAGCCAAUGUCAGGAGGUAGUCUGUCAGAGCCACUGUCUGACUACCCUCAGCGUAUGUUCCCACAAGCCUCACAGUUCAUGGCUCAGCAACUUCAUCGCGCUGCUGAUCCUAGCCCUCGGAUUGGUGGGGCAGGGUCAUAUGUGGCACGAUCGGAAGGCUCGGUAGGUGUGUUAGAUCAGUAUGAUCCGCAUCACCCUGCACCCGCGAUCAUGCACAGACAGCCACAUGUACCUCGAUCUGUCCGCUCCUCUCCUCCAAGGAGAACGACUCAGUACAGAACGCUACCUCGCUACACGACAGGGUACCAAGUAUCUGAGCAGGAUUGUCAUAGAGAGACUGAAGCUGGUGAUGCUUGGGAAAGAUCCGAGCGAGAAGGUCCGUUAUCGCAUGACUCCGUGGUCUACUCCCAUGAAGGCGGGUCAUCAAGAUGGUCAUAUCGAGAGCCCCUUACAGAGUAUAGCGAAACGACUGUUGGGACGCUUUCUGAAGUCAGGCCAGAAAGUAAGGCGACGAGCCGACAGUCGCUGUCUCUGGUGCCGGAUUCAGACGUACGUAGUAGGUCUGGAUAUGUACGCACUCAACCGGGCAGCGAUGGCGCGCAUGAUCUAAAUCCAGCCGCAGAUUUUCUUGCGAAUUUCGACCCAAUGGCAAAUGAAACAUUCACCAGCGCAGGACUCGCUGCGACUGGGUCACUCAUGCGCCCAAUUGAGGUUGAGGUGCAAAGAUCACGGCCCGGGACUGUACUUUCUGUCCAGCCACCAUCGCACCAGCGAAUGACCGGUUUCGACGUCGAACAUCGCUCAUCGCCUCAGGGGAGAUAUACUCACUCCUUACCCUUACGUGAAGGCACUCAGCUACCUGACACCGGGCAUCUCAGACGUCAUGACAAUGAUUUGGCCGUUUCCGAUGGUUUCAUGGCAGAUGUUCCUCUCCGCACCGCGCCUGACCGCGAGUAUCUAGAGGCUUUGCCCGAGCGCUUGCAUAGAGAGCAGCACCAAAGCAUGCCUAGACAUGGGGAGUACGGAUCAAUUUUCCAUACUAUUCCUGCACGGGAGACUCGGUACCAUCCUGGAGACACACACAACUAUGGCGAUAGACCCUACAAGUAUGCGGAGAACGCCUUGGAAGAACAUUACUCAUAUCGAAUACCUUCGGAGCGGUACGUUGAGAUCGAUCCCUCGCGCGAGCCUCGCUACAUCGAGCAUAUACAACACCCUGAUGAUAGAGAGGAGUAUCUACAGGUCGUUCCCAGAGGCUACCGAGCCGUUGAGGACGGCCAUGGGCUUCAGCAGAUUUCAGAGGCGCACAGGUAUAUCCGACAUGAUGCCCAAUCUAUCCCUGCAGAAAACUACGGAGCAAGGUAUCAACGUCUAGGGGAAGGCGGAAACCGGGACGUGAUUUACAUGCCCACAAACGAGGCAAGGCGUCACCCUUCUCGUCGAAGCCGUCAUGAUCCUUCAGCGGAAGACAUUCUUUGAUGUUCGGCACUCACCACCAACCACCCACUUUUUAUUGUUCUUGCCGUUUGUCUUUUCGAGACUGCUUGAUGUGCAUGUAGCACGGAAGGAGCAACCUCGUUUUCAACGUGGACAGGUGGCUCAGCUUAUGUUUUUGUGCAAAGAUACCCCCUUGUGUUUGGUUAUUGUCACGAGCUCUCAUAACUAUUAUGACAUAUAUACAUUUACGAUAAUAUUAAGUCCAGUGUGAGGACGAACAUUACUCAACAUGCCCCCAAGACGCAUUGCAUCACUACAGAACAGUGAUCAUAUGACAUGAUGAGUUGUCCUGCCAAGGUUAAACAGGCAGACUAUGCGCUGGUCAGCGCCAUAACACUAUUUU